CGUCGAAACAAAAACGCGGAAACAAAAGAAAUAAUCGGUUUGUCACAACAAACAGUGAGUGGUUAUAAAGUGACAGCUGGAGAAAACGGCACCGCGGCUUCUCCUAACAUCCCCGAGAGAUUUGGCAUGGCUUUGAAAAGAAUCCAAAGGGAAUUAAAUGAUUUUAAGAAGGACCCUCCAGCGUCAUGUUCAGCUGGACCUGUUGGAGAGGACAUGUUUCAUUGGCAAGCAACCAUCACAGGGCCGUCUGACAGCCCAUAUUCCGGAGGAGUUUUCUUCCUCACAGUUAAUUUCCCCACUGACUAUCCCUUUAAACCACCAAAGGUUGCCUUCACCACAAAAAUCUAUCACCCAAAUAUAAACAGCAAUGGCAGUAUUUGCCUUGACAUCUUAAGAUCACAAUGGUCUCCUGCACUGACGGUAUCAAAAGUGUUACUGUCUAUUUGCUCCUUGCUUUGUGACCCAAAUCCAGACGAUCCACUGGUUCCCGACAUUGCACAUAUCUACAAAUCAGACAGAUCCAAGUACAACAAGAUGGCAAAAGAAUGGACCGUGAAGUAUGCAAUGUAAAGGACUAAAGUUUUAGUAACAAUGAUGCAUCCCUGAACACCUCACAACUUGACAGUACUGUUCAACUGCUUUAUCUACACUGGUUGUAUUGAGGUGUUUGAUACAUUCGAAGCACUUUCUUUACUCAGACUUUACUUGACUUACAUUCUUUCUUUUUUUACUAUUCAUUUUAUUUUUAUUUUCCUUUAAAGUGGCAUCAUUGUUCUUAUCAUUUUGUAAUAAAAUUGGAUGUGAUGACUUGGAAUGAUUGCAUAUUCUCUUUUGAGGGAUUGCUAUUGUACAGGGCUAUUCUGACAAAUUUUGCAUUAAAAGAGUUACACAAAG